UGUGUAGUUUCAUUACCCAAAAUCCCUUCAUAAAAAGUUUAAAAAUCAGACAUAUAAUGUCAGUGCUUCAUUUGCCUCCCAUCCAAGUAUGUUGUUUAACAAAUAAGAAGCAUAAAGAUUCUUCAAUUAAUAAUAAUAAAUCAUCAAAGUUUGCACAAUCAAAUUCAAGAAACACAACUUACAGAAAAGAUUCUUUUCACCAAGAACGAAAACCGCAUAAUGUGAACCUGGAAAUUUCACCUCAUCGAGCUGUAUCUGCUGUGAGAUUAAUGCGGAUAGAGUUUGGUGGUGCAUUUGCCGACCUUUUAAAUGAGAAAGGGAAAGGAUCAGGUGACAACGAGAUGGGAUAUGUUGAAAGAACUCUUGGAUUUUGCACGCGAGAUUUGGAUGAUAGAGAUCUCAGAAUGGUAACAGAUAUUGUUGGAGGUACAAUGCGUUGGAGAAAAUAUCUUGACUAUUUGAUUUUGUCUUUGUGCCAUGACCCAAACGUGUUUAGUCGUAUGGAACCACUACUGUUACAGAUUCUUCGGAUUGGAUUUUAUGAAAUCGUAAAGCUUGAGGUACCUUCAUAUGCCGUUGUUGAUGAGAAUGUGCAGCUGGCAAAAAUUGCCCUUAGGCCCGGUGCUGGUAACAUGGUCAAUGGGAUUCUGAGGAAGCUCGUUUUGCUUAAGGAAAGUAACUCUCUUCCUUCACCUCAACUUGAGGGUGAUGAUCGUGCGCAAGCACGUGCUCUUGCUACUCUCCAUUCCCAUCCAGUUUGGAUGGUGAGACGUUGGAUAAAAUACCUCGGGCGUGAAGAAGCUAUCAAGCUGAUGAUGUGGAAUAACAGUGAUCCCAGUUUUAGUCUGAGGGCUAAUAGGGGGAAAGGUUUUACACGAUCUGAGCUUGUGUCUCGACUUGAAACAUUAAAGGUACCCUAUGAGCUCUCUCCUCACCUGAACGAUUUUGUUCGUAUCAGCACGGGAAUGCAGAGUGUUAUACAAGCUGGACUACUAAAAGAAGGCUUAUGUUCUGUCCAAGACGAGAGUGCAGGUUUGGUGGUUUCCAUUGUUGAUCCACAACCUGGAGAGACCAUUAUUGACUGUUGUGCUGCUCCUGGAGGGAAGACCCUCUUCAUGGCAGCAUGUUUGAAUGGCCAAGGCAUGGUAACUGCAAUUGACAUAAAUAAAGGGCGCUUAAGGAUCCUCAAAGAAACGGCCAAAAUGCAGAAACUUAAUAAUGUCAUCACUACAGUUCAUGCCGAUCUUCGUGAAUUUCCAGAGAAGAAUCAGGUGGUUUAUGAUAAAGUGUUGCUGGAUGCUCCUUGUUCUGGACUUGGUGUUCUUUCCAAGAGAGCAGACUUGCGCUGGAAUAGGAAGUCGGAAGAUAUGGAAGAACUUAAAAGUUUGCAAGAUGAACUUCUUGAUGCAGCUUCCAUGUUGGUAAAACCUGGUGGGGUGCUAGUAUACAGCACUUGUUCUAUUGAUCCCGAAGAAAAUGAAGAGAGGGUGGCUGCAUUUCUUGUCAAGCAUCAGGAAUACAGCAUAGAUUCUGCAGAGAGAUAUACCGCGCCUGAAUUUUUGACAGAACAAGGUUACUAUUUUUCUAGCCCUGUGAAAAAUUCUCUUGAUGGUGCCUUUGCAGCUCGUCUCAUUCGGUGCGCUUAAGUUAUUUUUCUGUUGAGAAAAAAAAACAUCCAAAGAAUACGAGCCUGAUAAAGCGGUCAAAUGUCAAAACACAUGGGUCACACGGGUACACCCUUUCGCAAAAUGCCAGUUCGUUAUAUGUAGCCAACACGAGAACUAAUGCUGAAUUGGUGGAAUUCUUGGAUUCUGAUAACAAGAAGCAGCAUAUGCUACGGCCUGAAGUAUGGUGGAUAAGCAGCCAAUACAAGCAAUGUAGCACGCGCAACAUCAAGCUCCAACUUGUGAAGUCAUCAAAGUAGUACCUCUGGCAUUUUCGAUGUCCGUUUGAUCAUUAUGUUGGAGUAUACACUGAUCAUUUGAUCUUUGUAUAAGCAGAAUGAACUUGUCAUGCAUCAUUUCCGUGCAGUAUACAUCUACUUUUGUGAUUGCUAUGUAUUAGGAUGUUGAACUGAAUUUUAGCUAUCAAAAGUGUUUAAUUCGAUCA